AUGGAACCACAGGCAAAACGUCAGCGCGUCAAUGAUACUAACAGCCCUGAGAACGAAGCUGUGUCUGUGCAAUCGACUCAACCUUCGACGGAUUUAUAUCUCGACACGAUCAAUCGUCACAUGUUAGAUUUCGAUUUCGAGAAAGUCUGCUCUGUCUCGCUUUCACACAUUAACGUCUACGCUUGUCUUGUAUGUGGAAAAUACUAUCAAGGACGUGGUAAAACAUCGCAUGCUUACUUUCACAGCAUCCAUAAAGAUCAUCACGUUUUUAUCAAUCUUCAGACGCUAAAGGUGUACGUUUUGCCCGAUGGUUAUGAAGUGAAGGACGCUUCCUUAAAUGACAUCAAGUAUGUGUUGAAUCCCACAUUGACCAAGGAAGAAGUACAGCGUCUCGAUAGGACGCUUAAUACGUCAUAUGAUCUGAACAACAAAAAAUACUUGCCUGGAUUUGUGGGGUUAAAUAACGUGAAAGCAAACGAUUAUGUGAAUGCGGUGGUCCAGGCUUUAGUACACAUCCCUCCGAUCCGCGAUUACUUUAUUCUGCAAGAUUUUGAUAAUCAAGGUCGUUCGCAAUUGGUGACUCGAUUUGGUGCCCUUGUGCGAAAGAUGUGGAACCCCAAAGCAUUCAAAGGUCAAGUCAGUCCUCACGAGUUAUUGCAGGAAAUUUCAAAUGCCAGUCAUAAGCGAUUCAAGUUAACAGAGCAGAGCAAUGCCAUUGACUUUCUGUCGUGGUUUCUGAAUACUCUUCAUCGCGACUUGGGUGGAACCAAGAAACGAAACAGUAGUAUUAUUUGUCGCACUUUCCAAGGUGAAGUGCAAAUUGAAUCGCAAAGUAUCAGUCCUGCCGAAGCGUCGCCUGAUAAGGCGGAUCUAUUAUCGUUUGAUGAAGACCGAGAAAUCACUACGACGCGUACACCAUUCUUAUUUUUGGCUUUGGAUCUGCCACCUGCUCCUCUUUAUCAGGAUGAGGCGGAGAAAAAUAUUAUUCCUCAGGUCCCGCUUGUCAAUAUUUUGGCAAAGUACGAUGGCAAGCGAGUACAGGAGAGCGCCAAUCAAAAGCGAAGAUAUCACAUCACGCGUUUACCACGAUAUCUCAUUUUCCACAUUAAACGAUUCAACAAGAACAAUUGGACAAGUGAAAAGAACCCUACCAUCGUCAACUUUCCUAUCAAAAAUAUUGACAUGGCAGCUUUUGCGACUGAUCCCGAGGCCGAGAAAAUCGGCACCCAUUAUGAUCUUUUGGCGAAUAUCAGCCACGAAGGCAAACCGGAUGCCGGUGAAGGAUCCUAUAAGAUCCAAGUACGCCACACGGGCACCCAGCAAUGGUAUCAGAUCCAGGAUUUGAUUGUCGAAGAAAUUAUGCCGGAAAUGAUCUUUUUAUCCGAAAGCUAUAUUCAGGUACGUUUUGCUUUCCACAAUGUUUAUGUCAAUGGCGAACCAUGCUGA